AAAACAUGAUAACAAGCCUUUGUGUUGUUAUGAACUUAUAAAUGUACCAGUAUCUUCCAGCGUCGCAAGCAGAAGCCACGCUCUAUUUGUAAUAAGUGUAAGAAAACUAGUGAACUAAUAAAAAUGGUGGUGUUUACAGCAAAAGGAUUGAUGCCUCCAGUAUUCACACCUAUCAACGAUGACCAAACGGUGAAUUAUUUGGCUAUCCCUGGAUACGCCAAGUACUUAGUAGGUGCCGGUAUUAAAUCUGUCUUAGUUGGCGGUACAACCGGUGAGAACAUGUCCCUUAAUGUAGAGGAAAGGAAGAAGUUAGUGGACGUGUGGGUAAAGGAAGGGAAAAGUUUGGGCCUCCACAUCCAAGUUCAGGUCGGCGGUGGUCCUUUAAGGGAUGUGCUUACUUUGGCACAAUAUUGCCAGGUGGCUGGCGCGGACUCCCUCCUUACAUUGCCUGAGUUAUAUUUUAGACCACAGAAUGUUGACGAAUUGGUUUCAUACGUGGAACUUGUUGCAAAAGCAGCACCCAAACUUCCUGUGCUAUAUUAUCAUAUACCCAGCAUGAGUAAGGUCGAAAUCAACAUGCCAGCAUUUAUAAAAGCGGCUACAGCACGUAUACCCAAUUUCAAGGGUUUGAAAUUCACUUCCAACGAUCUCAGCGAGGGCGCGCAAGCAUUAAAGGCACUGAAUAAGGACCAAGAGAUAUUUUUGGGGGCCGAUACUUUGUUAGCGCCAGCAGCACUUUUAGGCAUAAAGUCCAGUAUCGGUACCACAUUCAGUUUAUUCCCACGGCUAGCUCAAGAUAUACUGGACGCUGUUGAGAGAAAAGACAUCGCCAGGGCAAGGGAGCUGCAGGAUGUACUUAGCUCCGCCAUUGACGCUCAUACUGUUGAAGGUGCAUGGGUGCCAGCAUUGAAAGCUGGUAUGGAGAUAGUGACUGGGAUAAAGGUCGGCCCACCAUCCCUACCACAGAGACCAAUCUCGGCUGAGGCCAGGCAGAGGAUCGCCAGUAAAUUGAGGGCUUUGAAGCUGAUUAAGUGAAUGCUCAUAACAUGGCAUAAAAGUCUUGUAUAAAAAGAAUACUUAUUUUUUAUGUAUCUUA